UAAACAGUCGUUUCCGUUCUCAGCUUCCGAAAUCCGAACCCUCUUACUGCAGGAGCAAAUCAGGAGCAAACCUCCUACUCACAUAGGGAGAGAGAGAGAGAGAGGGGGGGGGGGGGCAGGUGCAAAUGGCUGGGGCUACGCAUCAGUUGCCGCCGGUCUCGAACGCUGGUGCGGUGUCAACUGCAAUAGGCAAUCCUGCUUCCGCAUUGCAUAUUAACAAGUUGUUCGUUGCGACCGUGGCAGAACGCCUUUCCAUGCAAUUGAACGCACAGCGGUCCAACCCCCAGGAGUUAUCUGGUCUCUGCAUUACGAUGGCUAGAGGUAUUGAUUUAGCAGUUGCAUGGAAUCAGGUUCCAGCUAGAGUUGAAGAGUUGCCUCCAAUAUGUAGAAAGGUAUGCCAACAUAGUAAGGAGACCAUUUUUCAAGCUGCUAUUAUGGUGCUAAUGAUUUCUGUAAAGAAUGCUUGUAAAUGCGGUUGGUUUUCAGCAAAAGAUACUGAGGACCUUCUUAGCUUGGCAAAAGAGAUAGAAAACCUCUUCUGUAGUGGGGGGUGUGCCAAUAUUGAGCCAAGUCAUUCUCUUCCUGUUAUUUCAAAUGUCAUGACCAGAUUUUAUCCUCGAAUUAGAAUGGGUCAUAUACUUACUUGUCUUCAAAUUAAGCCUGGAUAUGGGGCUUUUGUGACCGACUUCCAAAUCUCGAAGACUAUGGUGUCUGCUACAAAAGAAAGCAUUCGGUUAUUUGUAGCUCAAACAGAUCAUACGGAGACAUCUUCAUGUAUUAUCAGUCCCCCACAAGUGAACUUUUUGUUGAAUGGGAGGGGAGUGGAUAGAAGAGUUUACAUUUCAAUGGAUAGUGGACCACAAUUCCCAACAAAUCUGAAAUCAAUGCUUAAAUAUGGAACAAAUCUUCUGCAAGCUGUUGGGCACUUUAAUGCUAAAUAUAUUAUAGCCGUAGCCUUUAUGAGUGAUGUUGCAUCAUCUGAUAAUCCGGAGCUACAAGAUUAUGUUCAACCUGCUGUCUCUUCACUUGAUUCAGAGGUAAUCGAGGGGCCAUCACGAAUAUCACUUAAUUGUCCUAUAAGCCGCACACGUAUUAAGACUCCUGUUAAAGGACAUCUCUGCAAACAUCAUCAGUGUUUUGAUUAUGACAACUUCAUGGAAAUAAACUCAAGAAGACCAUCUUGGCGGUGCCCUCAUUGUAACCAGACUGUUUGCUGCACUGACAUACGUAUCGAUCAGAAUAUGGUUAAGGUCCUGAGGGAGGUGGCAGAAGGUGUUGCUGAUGUGAUUAUUGCAGCAGAUGGAUCCUGGAAGCCUGUCUUUGAGAAUGAUGAUAGUGUACAUCAAACCCAAAACACAACAUGCCAAGAAGAUGGGUCUGAGCAGAGCAUUCCCACAAAGUUCUCAAAAUCAAACAACCCGGAUGAUGUUGUUGAUCUAACAAUGGGGGAUGAUGGAAACAAUAUCAUGGAUUCUUCUCAAAUUGAAGACAGGAAACCUUUCCAUGAUAAUUAUCAAUUUCUUGGGGCUGCGAGAAAUUUCACAGUGCCACUAGAAGUCAGUAGUGCAUCCGAGCAGGUUCAUAAUGCUGCUUCUCAUACAGAGGAUAAUAUCUGGUCUGGAAUUCUCUCAUCCAUCUCCUCUGCCUCUUAUGGGUCAUUAGCCCCUAGUACUAGGUUUGAUACCGUGGUUGGUGACUCUGAAUCAAUUCCUGCUAAUUUUAUGCCUGCUCCUGUGUUAACUGAUGCUGUAUCCCCUGCACUUAACCGAGGAUCUGUGGAUGUCUGUGGGACCAUUCAACCCACUACCUCCAUACCUCAAAGCCAAUUUUGUGGUCCCUAUAACUUGCAGUUACAGCAAUCACAAUUUGGGAAUUCAAUGGUCAGCAGUGAAUAUGGGAGAUCAUCUAUUAGACAUGUCAGCAGAACUCCAAUAGCAAUUCAGGCCCUUCCAGCCCAGACUCAAAUGCCUAGUUCACAUCAAAGGCAACGGACAAAUUUGAAUUCCUUGAUGCCCAAUGUUGCUGUUUCUUCUGUUCCUCAGAGCUCUCCAUUUAUUUCACCCAUUACAGAUGGGCUCAAUGUCAAUGGCAGUGACACAGAAAGGCAGCAACAAUUUUCCAGGCCAAUAAUGAAUCCUUUGGCGGUGCCAGACAUUGCUUCAUCAUCGAUGCAUAACCACUCAACGACUCAGAGACAGGAUCAUCAAGAACGACAAUACAUUUCAAAUCAAGCACUACGACAGGCAGUUGGUGUUACAGCAGCAAGCCAUAUCCCAGGUGCUUACAGAAGUUCUUCGCGGCUUCCCUCAGAACCCCAAAACCUGCUACUGCAGCAAGCUCCACAUACGAGGGUCUCUCAGACCUUGACCCAGUCUGCAAGCCUGCUUCGUCCACCUACAAAUUUCCCACUGUCACAGAUUCAGCAAGGAGGGGCUCAAGGUGUAAUUGGUCAGGCUACUGCAGGUGCAAUAAACCAACAUGCUUGGCAUAUGGCUGGUGUUCAACGAGCUGGGCAGACGACCAGACCACCACCAGCAGUACCAGUUCAACUGCAAGCACCUAGGGCAUCAUCUGUUGCAAUGAACACUGAUGGGCUUAGAAUGGGGGAGCAGAGAGGGAGUAUGAAAGCGAUGGUGCAACCAGUUUCAACGGCUGGUAGCUCAGAAGAAUUGCCAUCCGAGCAGAACUGGAGACCCACAGGACGAAUGAGGGGAAGCUUAGCAGGCCGGGCUUAUUCUGCUGCUAUUGGUCAUUUGAUGAUUCAACCGACUCAAACGCAACCAUCCCAAGCUCCCUUACCACCUUCCAAUCAGAUAUCCGCCCCUGCUGAUACAACACAACUACAGGUCCUCAUCGCUAAUAGCAUUAAUGCUCAUGGUCCAGUGUCACAAGCUUACCAAAGAAUAAGAGAUGCAGCGGCUAGGGCUGGAACCUUGGGUGUUCUUCCUGAGCGAUCUCAGGGAGUGUAAUUACUAGUUCUCCUGCAUGUGGCUCCCACAGUUUUGUGUAUAUAGUUUUACAUCUGAAAAUGUUCAUGCAUACAUUUCAUCAUUCUGUACGGUUAUAUUGAGUGGUUGAUCUGUGGCAAUGUAUAUGGUAUAUCUCGAGAGAUUUUAAUUUUUUGUUACAAACAGAUAAUUGUCACAAAUUAGUACUCGAUUAUUACAAAUCAAUUCUACUUGCCUGCU